AUGCCCACGAUUCUCGCGCUUAGCUUGUCCUUGUGCGAGGGGAAAACGCAGGCAGGCCAACGCCAGUGGGGUAUGUUUUCCACGGAACCGCACGCUUUGACCAACAACAACAGCAUCUGGGAUGCUGGGGGGUUGAUAAGCGAGAGCUUCACCACAACGUGUUUCCAUAGCAAUACGAAGUUGGGCACCGGGAGAGUUGUUUUACAGAUUCAUGUGGAGAUUGCGAGAAUAAUGCCAUUCGCCGUUGUUCAAACAACUAACGCACGGGGUUGCAAUGAGCUGUCGGUAGUACCUGCGUCGUGGCUGCGGGGAUCAAGGAGCGGAAACAUUCUGCUGUGGCCAAAUGUGAAGAGUGUCGCAGAACAGGAAAGAUUACUCCGCGACGAAAACAGCUCCCCGAAGAAGUCCUGGGUGAAAUAUAAAUGCAAGGUGAAACGGAAUCCCAUCGCAUCAUUUAAUGCCGCGAAGCGUAUGCUGGAUGAUUUAUCCGGAGAAUCCUCAUCGGAAGUCAGCAAUCUAGUUCGACGUAAACGAAAACCCAAAAACAAUGAGGCUAAUAACUUUCAAGAAAUGCUCAUUUUAAACGAUACGCCUUGCUCAUCUGCUGCAGAAACAACCUCGUCAUCGGUUCCCAUUGUCAUUGAGGUAAGAGGAGGGGUUCAAGGCGAGAUUCAGGAUGAAUUUCCUCGAGGAACAACAUCUUCCCCUCGACAACCACCCGCCACCGUUUUGACAAACGUUGAGGAUAAUGUUCAAAAUGCCCAGGAUGAAAUCCUCCAACAGCCACUACCUGUACUUCCAGUCAAUGGCAUCACGACGCUGUCUGAAGAUAAUGUCCCGGAAAUUCAGACUGUUCAGUAUGUGGCGUACGAUACUGCAGAUACUGUGGUGGAGCCGGGAACGCAACAGUGUUUUGAUACGGUUAUCAAACAACUGCAAGAAACAAACAGCAGACUGGAACGACUGGAGAAGCGUAUAGCAAGUAUUGGGACUCAAAACGAAUUUAUGUUAGACGCGGUCCGAAAGUUCAUCUCCCAUACGACGAACAUCGAACAGCCAUCGUCUUUCUGUUUCGACCCUAUCAAAGAUGAGAAUGAAUUGGCUGAUUUGGAAAAUAAGCUGACGGACAACGACUUCAAGUUGAAGAUGAUUAAUUGGUUGCGGUUGAAUGUCAGUGGCGACUGUGCGGAUAAUCGCAUGCUUGGAGUACUCGAUUUGUUAUUCAGCAAGGAAUUCCAAACGAAAUGCACGUGGACUGGAGCCAGUCGUAAAGGACCAAAAACUGCUAUAAUGCCAAAUCGACAUGUUCUGCAAUUAUUUCAGCAAGUUGGAACUGAUGAGUCUGAAACGGUAACUCAACAUAAACUGGCCAGCUUUUUCAUGAAAAAGCUAAAAAAUUCUCUCAAACGAUUACUCACAACCGGCAUGCGUCGUGGGACAAGGCAUGUGAGACGGCGAAAGCAGCAAUGUGCUACUAAAGAUGGUAUGAAACUCGAGCCAGAGUUCACACCUGAAGAUCAUGAGGAGAAUCACAGUGAUCAUGAGUCCGAUGAACAUGUUUCUUCGGUCGUUGAUUCGUCUGAUGCCAUUGAAGCUGUAGAUAUCGAGUCAGACUGGAACGAUCCAGCUUUUGAUGAUUCCAGUGAAUAACAUCUUGCAACGUUGUACUUGAUUAGGAGCCGACUGAUAAUGUAUCUGAAGAGAUAUUGUAGGGGAGCUAGGGGCAAAAUAACACAUAGUAACCAAUUAUAACUUUUACUUUUUUUUUGUUUUUUUUUUUAUGUUUUUAUGUAUGUGUAGAAAUUUUUCAGUUUAAUUACGUUAGACUUAUUGUUUAUUUGGUUACUUAUGUUUAUUUGCAUUGGAAAGAAGAAGAAAAGUGACUUAACAAUUAAUUGGUACUCGGUCAUGAAGUGGAUUUUUAUUGCAUUUAUUUUUUAACCAUGCCUCUAAAUUGAAGUUUUAUAAUUGAUUCGAUUUGGUAUAAGUAUGUAUCAGUGGAAUAAA